GCCUGGGUUUUUCCUUCUAUGUGUGUGCAGUGACAUACUCGUAAUAUUGUCUUGAUAAAGUGUAGUAGCCAGACUUUCUUCAUUUUAUACCUGCUAAAAGUUUGUCGGCCUAUGCUUCUACCAUAGGUACGAGUAAGUGCGUUAGGCAACUAUGUACCUAAUUUGGGUCAUUACUUGGUUAUUUUGGGACAUGAUGGUUUCCAGGUAACCAAUUUUAAAGGAGCUGAUAAUUGUUCGAAUCUGACUGAAUACUUCAUCAUUAAUCAUCAUAUUAUACAGCAGAAAAUAAUAUAAGAAAAUCAUGUCAUACUUUCAAGCCUGCUACAUCUCAAAGCUUUACUUUUAGUCGGCGUGUAAUGUUUAUCAACAAAGAAAUUAAAAAUGAGAUAUCUUAUUAGAGAUAAAAUGAGAUUAAUCGCUAGUUAUUUCACACCUAAUAAUAAUUAUAGUUAACUUAUUCUUAAAUUAAUGAAAAUAAACUUGAUUAAACAAACAAUAGGUAGGUACAUAAAUUAAAAUAAAUAACUUAUGAAAUGACAUGCGUUUUCUACCUUCAUUUCUAAAUUGUUUGUUAGUAAACAGUAUCUACAGAAGUCCUACAAGAAGUACAAUGUUUUCUAGUAAUUUUGACUAAAAUUAUGAUUUUUUUGAGAGGGGUUAGGCCAAUAGUCCACCACGCUGACCCAAUGCGGAUUAGCAGACUUCACGUGAAACACUGACAGACAGACAGACAGACAGACAGACAAAAAAUAAAAAAAAGUAUUUUAGGCUUCAAUAUCGAUUAUAUAAUGCCCCCCCCCCCCCAAACAAAAAAAAUUCAAAAUAUCUUCAAUGUACACAGAGAUGGAGCUGCUACAGUUUUAUUUUAUGUAAAUACUCGUAUAGAUUGUUAUCGAUACAUUAAAAAUCAAAGGCAGUUAAGUCUAUUCAUCGAACGAUGUCAAAUGAAUGCUCGAGCUAGCGCACUGCGUGAGCAUCAUGAGAUAAAUCCGCUUGUUUUCCUUAUCAAGAUUACACUAGUGAUAAAAAUAUCUCGGUGAAAACCACACAAGUGAACGAGCUAUUCGUCAAUCGUCACGUGGUAGAGCUGCAAACAGACCGGACAAAAUGUUGGCUAAAAUAUUCACCACAGUUAAAUAUACAUUGGUUACAGUUAACUUUCUAUUCGUGAUAACAGGCAUUAUUAUAUUGUCUGUGGGUAGCUCAGUGCAGUCAGCUUACAACGGGUACCAUGCUUUCCUAUCAGAGAGGUUCUUCUCGCUGCCCGCCUUCUGCAUCGCCACCGGCGUCAUCAUAUUCCUGAUCGCCUUCGCCGGGUUCUAUGGUGCAUUUAUGGAGAACUAUUACGUUAUUAUGGCGUUUGUGGCGUCCAUGCUGCUGAUGUUCAUCUUCCAGCUGUCAGCAUGCAUCGGUGGAUACGUGCUGCGCGGCAAUGCUGUGGCGCUGGUGCAGAAGCAGCUGCUCAACACCAUGGUGUUGUACGACCCCCACAAGAACCUCGCCGUCACCACGCUGUGGGACGAAGUGCAGAGAGAUUUCUCAUGUUGCGGCGUGGUUGGCCCCAGCGACUGGUUGACCCCGCUGGGAACCAACCAAUCCGGGGGCGUCCCCGUGAGCUGCUGCGAGCACCGGUGGGGUACGAUCACCACCUUCACGUGCAACACCACUGAUGCCUUCUCGCAAGGGUGUGGGGACGCCUUCGGUGGCUGGGUGCAGAAACACGUGGGUGCUAUUGGCAUAUCGGGGAUCGUUCUGGUGUUGAUGCAGGCUCUGGCAGUUGCAGGCGCGGUCUGGUUAGCGAAUAUAACGAGGCAAGAGCGGGAGUUCCCUUAAUACUCGUAUUUUAUUUUAUUUAAUUAAAUUAAUUUAUUUCUGUUAAUUAUAAAAUAAACGUGUUAUGAA